AUGGAGGAUGCACCCCAAGUCCAAGUCUCUGCGGACAUACCUGACGCGCAGGAUGCAGCUGCCGAUAUUUCCAACGAGAUCAAGAUAGGAGGCACUCCGGAGACAACGAACCCUCAGCCGGAACAGCCCGAGACGAGUGGACAGACCGAAACACCAGUGAAGAAGAGCGUGGGCUUCAACUUCCUCGACUUUCUGACCUCUCCAAUUAUCGAAAUCAUUGUUGGAAAGGGUGACGAGGAGACUGUUCUGACCGCACACCAAACCCUGCUGUUGGACUCUCCAUUUCUAUCCGAGUUCGUAGAGAAGUUCGACACAUCAGGCCCCCGCCGCAUUCACCUCCCGGACGAGGACGUUGAGGCCUUUGGAUGCUUCCUGCAGUUCAAAUACACUCGCGACUACACCGUGACACCCCCUGAGACUCCCUCUGCAUCCCAAGAACCCGAGGGCGGGAUCGACAACAGCGGCGAGGAAUUGCUCCGACAUGCGCGGGUCUACACACUAGCGGAAAAGCUGGGCGUACCAGCACUGAAGAGCCUGGCGCACACCAAGAUCCACCGCGUGAAUGGCACUCCCAACGGCGAGCUGGCCUACGCUCGAUAUGUCUACACACAUACCUCGCAAGAUGACACCACCAUUCGGAAGCCGGUCGCCUCAUACUGGGCCUCUCGCGGCCAUAUUUUACGGCAUGAUGUUCAAGAGGAUUGGGAUCAGAUGUGCCGGGAAGUGCCCGAGUUCACCUUUGAUGUGGUAACGCUCCUGAUGGACCGCAAGGAGAAGACCGGUCAGACUGAGACCGAGUCAACCCCACGCGGACGGAAACGCCUGCGGGCAAGUGAAAAGUGA